AUGCUGUCCCUUAGCCGAGACCCGUCAGAUAUCAAGACCGAAACUCGUACUGGCUACGAACUCACGAAAAUGACGGGUUUCCGAACCGACAUGACCGUAAAGGAGAAGCUUUUUCUAGGGCUCGGCCACAUGUUCCGCAAGGCGCUCGAUUUCAAUGCUCAGGUUCAACAAAACCCAGACCAUCUGACAUCGUUGUCUCGGAACGAGAUCAUGGCACGAGGUGGAAUUCACCUGACCGAUCGGGUCCUUGGCUUUCCAUACGCUUUACAACAGGAAGGCCUUGCUCGUGAAGUGGAAACCAGAAACAGGAUGUACGGGCUCUCCGCUAUGGACACUACACUGGAGAUAGGAGAUGAGCCAAAGUACGACCCCUUCAAAGAGAGAAGACGACUUAGGGAGCACUUCUUGGCCAGGAAUCCAUUCGUCAAAGGUGCGCAUGCGAGACUGGCGACAGUGCUACGGUCACAUAACAAGAAGGUUCACACGAUUCCUGGCCUCGUGACCCGACGACAAGCCGGCCAGAUCAUGAACAUUGAAUGGCGACAGGACUAUGGUGGUAUGGCAAUGAACAUGAGCUUCAGCGCAUUUCAGGGCAGAUCGAUGGAGGCCAACGGGUAUCGGAGGCGCAAAAUACGGUGCCUGCACUUCCUGAGAGUAAAUGACAAGGACCGGGCCUCUCUCGGGCCGCAGCUGGACACCGCCACAGCUAAAGACUACGGGGUUAAUUACAGCACGGAGAUGUUCUUACAGAAUGGCGUGGAUGGCAACCUAUCCAUGGUCGAGCUGGAUAUCACCGACGUCACCGGGAGAAAGCGCAGAUGGGUGUGUAUCGAGAUAACUAAGCCUCUGGUCCAGGCCCACGGCCCAGUUCCUUCUGAGCUUGUACCGAUGCCGCGUUCCUACCUCAAGAUUGCCGCGCCGUCCGACAAGACGUCGGUGAUGACGACCACGGAAGACUUUGAUGCACGGCGGAAGCCGAGCCAGUCACCGCAUCUGGGAAACUUUGAGAAACUCACGAUUCGAGGCCCUGUGCGAACGGACAACGCAAACAAAGUGAGGCUGAGAAUGUGCCGCGACGGCGUUCCGAUUUUCGCGACUGGAUCGAAAAGGGGCAUAUCCGACGCCAGUCGGAUCGACGACUUCCUCUCCGCGAAUAACGUCAUCGGCCUGCCCUGGAAGGAGACUGACCGCCGAGUGAGCAACAAUACCAAGAACAUGCGGAAGCACGAGUUCUGGGAGCGAUAUCAUUCGGCAGCGGAAACUGACAAGGCGCAGUGGAUGUCACUCCAGGACGCCAUGGCCAAAGACAACUGCGUCGUGGACAUGACAUUUGAGGGGGAGUGGGAUGAGGUUAGUUCACGCGUGCAUGAACCGCGAGUUACAUGGACGCCCGAGGUGCCGCCGCAGACAGGACUAUCUCUGUUCGUGCCUCCGUUCCGGCCGCAAGGACGCGUUAAUGGCAGCAGUCGUCGUACUGGAAGUUCCGGGCUGCGCAAUGAAUUGCAGUUGUAG